AUGCCGCUGUAUGAACCUCUCGAUGCUGGGAAGUCAGAAAUCAGGCUUCUCGAACAUGUCAGCUUCUCUGGUCAGCCAUCUUUGAGACUGAGUUCGGUAUCCCUCGACGAAAAGCCCGCAUACACAGCCCUAUCAUACGUCUGGGGUGAUGCUUCCAUCACUGAGCCCAUCCUGUUGAACGGCCAGGGGUUUCAUGCAACCAAGAACCUGUUCAACGCUCUUCAGCAUCUUCAAGAUCAUUGGAUAGACACAUUUCCUAGCCGACAUCCGCAAGGCUUCAGAGUCUGGGUGGAUGCCCUUUGCAUCAACCAACAAGAUGUCGCAGAGCGCAACCAGCAAGUACAACUGAUGCGCCGAAUUUACUCGAGUGCCGAGCUCGUGUUCUCAUGGCUCGGAGAGGAUGACGAAGAAAUUGGCGCAGCAUUUGAGACGAUCAACCUGGUGGCCCAUGAAAUGGACAAAGUCGAUUGGCCACAACUCAUCGUGGCUGACAUAGGACCCGAAACUGACUGGCAUUCCAACCAGUCGUGGAAGAGCGUCUGGACACUCUUCAACCUACCGUACUGGUUUCGCGUAUGGGUCGUUCAGGAAAUUGUCUUAGCAGAGAAGCUGAUUCUGUUAUCUGGCACGUCUUCUGUUGACUGGAUAGCGCUAUUCCUCACAUGCAGCUAG